AUGCGACGAGUACUUACCUAUGUUCGUGAUGUUGCCAUUGAGGAAGCUUUCACGGCAUUAGAGUAUCGGGAGCUAUUGAAGCGUCAGAUUUCUCAGACUGCUCGAGCUGCUGUUCAUCCUCGUAGGGUCACUACUCAGCCUGCUCUUAUUCAAGAGCUGCGACGAGAGGUCUCAAGCUUUCUAUCACUUUAUGGUCAAGGAGACUCUGGCAAGUUGGAUUCUUGGAAAAGCCUACUAUUUUUAUCACAAGGAAAGUCCGAGAAAGUUGCCACCUUUGCCCAGAGGUUUGAUGACGCCUAUAAUGAUGCGGUAUGUCUUGGUAAUGUCAUAGAUGAUGCUCAGGCCGCACUGCAAUUUGCGUCAUCUUUGAAUGAGCAAGUGGUGAGGUCGGUAAUCCGAGCGUGCGGUCCAUGUGCGGAAAAACGG